AUGGUCCACGCCGACGAGACCAAGGAGAAGAUGGCCGACGAGCACACGCCCCUCAUCGCCACCGUGAGGACUGCGCCGCCUCGCCAGCGGUAUGGGCACCACGUCCUCCGCCGGUUCUGCACCGUCGCGCUGUCGUGCAGCCUGCUCGCUCUCUUUGCCACUUUCCUGUUUGUGUUUGGGCUUGGGGUUCCUCUGGGCCGGGGCCGCCAUGGUCGUGAGCCUGACCGUGAUUCGUCCUGGUGGCCGUGGCCUGGCAAUCAUGAGCGCAAGCUGAGCUACGGGGCGCUGAAAGAGGUGCUGCUCGAGACGCCGAGCAGCGAGAAGGCGGCCGAGUGGCAGCGCUAUUAUACUGCUGGGGCUCAUCUGGCAGGGCAGAAUUACUCUCAGGCACUCUGGACAAAGGAGAGAUGGGAAGAAUGGGGCAUCUCAUCCACCAUCGUGGACUACGACAUCUACCUCAACCGUCCCGUCGACCACCGCCUGGCCAUACUGGCCAAAUCGGAGGACCAAGCUAUGUCGACAUCAAACUGGACGGUCUCUUUCGAGGCAUCCUUGACCGAAGACAUCCUCGAAGACGACCCAACCACGGGCUUCGACACCCGGAUUCCGACCUUCCACGGCUACUCGGCCAGCGGCAACGUGACCGGUCGCUUUGUGUACGCCAACUACGGGACAUACCAGGACUACGAGGACCUCCUGCGGGCUGGGAUCGACCUCGAGGGUAAAGUCGUCCUCGCCCGGUACGGCGGCAUCUUCCGUGGUCUGAAGGUAAAGCGUGCACAGGAGCUCGGCGCCGUGGGCGUGGUCCUCUUUACGGACCCUGGCGAUGAUGGCGAGGUCACGGAGGAGAAGGGAGUCGAGAAGUAUCCCAACGGGCCUGCUCGCCAGCCCAGCAGUGUGCAACGGGGAAGCACGCAAUUUUUGAGCUUUGCCCCUGGUGAUCCAACAACUCCUGGCUACCCGUCCAAACCUGGUGUCCCUCGUGGCCCUACAGAACCAUACAUUCCCAGCAUUCCUUCUAUUCCCAUCUCUUAUGAGGAUGCCUUGCCCAUUCUGAAGGCCCUCAACGGCCACGGCCCAACCGCCAAGGACUUCAACAAGUACUGGACUGCCGACUUGGGUCUCGAGUACAAGGGCGUUCAGUACAACAUUGGCCCUUCGCCCGAGCAUGUUGUCCUCCACCUUUAUAAUGAGCAGGAAUAUAUCAUCACCCCCAACUGGGAUGUGAUUGGCAUCAUCAAUGGUUCUAUUGCGGAUGAGGUCGUCAUCGUCGGCAACCAUCGCGAUGCCUGGAUCGUUGGAGGCGGAGGCGAUCCCAACAGCGGCUCAGCCGUCCUCAAUGAGGUCAUCCGCAGCUUCGGAGAGGCCCUACAGAAGGGGUGGAAGCCCCUCCGCACCAUCGUGUUCGCCUCGUGGGACGGCGAAGAGUACGGCCUGCUAGGCUCGACGGAAUGGGUCGAGGAAUACCUGCCCUGGCUCUCGCACGCCAACGUGGCCUACCUGAACCUCGACGUCAGCGUGCGCGGCCAAAAGUUCCACGCGUCGGCGGCUCCCCUGCUCGACAACCUCCUCUUGGACAUCACGGCGCAGGUGCAGUCGCCCAACCAGACGGUGCCGGGCCAGACCGUGUACGACACGUGGGACAAGAAGAUCUCUACGAUGGGUAGCGGGAGCGACUUUACUGCGUUCCAGGACUUUGCCGGCAUUCCUUCUCUCGACAUGGGAUUUACUGCGGGCCCCGAGGAUCCUGUUUAUCACUACCACUCCAACUACGACAGCUUUCACUGGAUGGAGACGUACGGCGACCCGGGCUUCAUCUACCACCGCACCAUGGCGCAGAUCCUGGGCCUGAUGACGGCCAAGCUUGCAGACGAGCCCCUCCUCUCGUUCGAGGCCGCCAGGUACGCAGCAGCUCUUGAUACCUAUAUUGCCAAGGUGGAGGCCAAGCUCGAGGCCGCCGAAGCCGCCACCACCGCCCUGUCUCCCUCGUCAUCCUCCUCGGAGCCGACAGACAAGGCCGAGAUGGUGACCCUCCGCGGCACCGUCCUCGGCACAACAGUGGUGGGCGACGCGACAGCAUUCCGCCGCAGCCUGACGCGUCUGCACGAGGCUGUGGCGUCCCUGCUCGGCGAGGCCACCAAGCUCGACGCCAAGAGGGCCGAGCUGCAGCGCGAGGUGGAAGAGGAGAUCCCCUGGUGGCGGUGGCCCAGCAAGAUGAGGCUCGCCUAUGAGGUGCGCAAGGUGAACACCAAGUACAAGUACCUGGAGAGGGACUUUUUGUACCCCGAGGGGUUGGAUGGGCGGCCGUGGUUCAAGCAUGUUGUUUUUGCGCCGGGGCUGUGGACGGGUUAUUCUGGAGCUGUCUUCCCUGGGCUGGUGGAGAGUAUUGAUGCAAAGGACUAUGCCAAUGCAGAGCGGUGGACGGGGAUUAUUGAGGAGUGUAUCCAGACGGCUACGGCCAACAUUAAAGUUGGGCACCAUGGUUGA